AUGAAGAUUUUACCAAUUGUUCAGCUCAUCAUUUGUUGCUUCACGCAGCAUAUCGUCUAUUCAUCUACCACUGAAAUUCCUAUACCUGUAUAUAACGAAGCAGUACCUAUUGAAACUGCAAAUUCAUUUCAGUAUUCUUAUGUAGUUAAACUAACAGUACAAUUUGAAGGAAAAGAUCAGCCAGACAUAUGUACCGGCUCCUUAAUAACAAGAUCUCUGGUAAUAACUGCUGGACACUGUGUUACUACUGAAAUUUCUGAUGGAAAGGUUUUGGAUGUGGAAUUUCCGCCUGGUAUCACUCCGAGGAAGGUAAAGGUCAAAAAAGUGUUUGGAGUUUACCGAUUGCUUCCACCUCUUGAGGACUUCACAAAAGGUAAAAUAAUUGAUAUUGCGUUUGUUGAAUUAAAAACUCCGAUACCAAUAUGUAGCUUAAAAGAGCAACACGGGCCACGUAUUAUAAAACUACCUGUUGCGCAAGUCGACAAUGCCGUUUGGAAACCUGUUCCACAGAAGUUCAGCAACUGCACCACCCUUGGGUACGGCAAAACAGCACCAGCCGGUCUUCAUCAGUUGCGUAAAAUAAGCAAUACUGCUUUAUGGCACCUAAAUAAUCGGUUCAUCGUACCGCUACUGUUUCCCGAACGGCAAGGCCGAACUUGUUAUGGAGAUUCCGGUGGGCCUACAAUUUGUAAUGACGUUCACGGUGAACCUCGAUUGUACGGUGUGACUUCGUUUGCGAGUGGUCAACUGGAAGGUGCCAAGUGGCGAUGCCAUGGAGAAACGUCAGUGUAUGUUGCUGACAUACUAACCGAUGUGCAAUAUUUACUCCCAAAGCUGAGACAGCUGUUGCUCGAACGAGGCAAACUAAAAGAAGUGAUCGAAGACUAUCAUCUCUGCUCAGAAAACAAUGAUACCAUGUCUUGA